UUGGUCAUUAUUUUAGUGCAUGUACAGUAGCACUCGAGAAACUACAAGUGCUACAACUACCAGUACAUCGAGUCAGCCUAUGUCUUAGCCAAAAAUUCCAAUACUUUGGCGCCAUCGAAAUCGAAUCGAAAAGUAGAAUGGAGAGUAGGUGGCGCCCUAGUCGCUUUUUGACAGCGAAUUUCUGUUUUCGGCUUUUUUUCAAAUAGUGUCACUUUAACCAUUUGUAUCGUUUUCAAUUUGCAACUUCUUAAUUUAGGAAGUGAGAAACUUAUUUGAUUCUGGCAAAUCAAAUCAAUCUGGAAGAAUUUAGUGAGGUGAUGAUCGCCUCUGAACCUCUGGAAUUUAUUCCCCGGGGUCGUAAGGCGGUUGAGGAUCACCCAGGACCCUUGGUAUCAAAGAAACAAAUCAAUAUUCCAUCUGAGCAUUUGCUGCUCCAUCGAUUGCAAAAUGUUAACAUAUCGAGCGGUGACAGCAGCAUUGAAGGCUGGGUAAUACGUGAAAUGGUCACAGAAGGUUCAGCUGCACCGAAUUCGACUGAAACGAAUAGUUCGAUUUUCGUAACCGAAAACGAUUUGCACAUCAAUUCCGAAGAGGAACUCUAUUUCAAAGGUCACACGGCCGUUUGGAGCAAAGGCAUUGCUUCGGAGGACGGAGAAGUGUUGCCUAGAAUUUGCUUCACCUGUGAUACGCCAAUCAAACAUGCCUUCUUUUGCCCAACGCAUUUCGUUAAAACAAAAGAUCCGGACAAGCGACCCGAUAAACGAUUCGUGGAUGAGGAGGAGGAUCCGAUUGGUAUUUGCUUGAUUGAUUCCACAUCGCUGCGGGUGUACUUAAGCACUGGCGAAGACUAUUUGGCGAGCCUGGAAUUUCCGGUGUCCAGCACCUGGUCAACGACAUACGGAAUUUUGUUGGAGAAAAAUGCAUCGAUCACAACGGUCGAUCACAUACAUGCGAUACCGAUGCCACGAUUAUUUUCGCUGGCACAUCCGUUGGACGAGAUGUGUCCCGUUUUGAUGAAAUCGAAUUCGGGUGGCAUUACCUACCUGACGGAAAGCGAUUACAAAGUAAUAUUCGUGUGUGCAGACAGUGACUUGGUGCUGAUGUACGACAACAAGGCCGGGAAACAUUUGGUGUCGAAACUGCGCAAAGCGACAAAGCAAGAAACGAAUUCUGUUGCUGCCAACGACACCAUGGUCUCUGGACUGUUCAAUUCGAGUCAUCACAUAGCAGCGAAUGUUUCGUCCGUUAAGCUAGGAGCUAAUCUACGAAUGAACAAUUCCAUAUUGUCAAAGUCAGCAAUCGGUGGAAAUACACCGCGUAGUCCCAUAUCUCAACGAACCCUCGGAAAUCAGAGCGGAAGUCCUCUGUUGCAUACGUCGAGCAAUACACUCAAUCGUUCGUUUGGACAAUCGCCGUUGUUGAAAUUACAAUCAUCGCUGGGCGGACAUUCGUUCUCAGCACAAGAUAUACGAAAAGUUGGCCAGCCACAGCCGUCAGUUCCGGUUAUACCAGAACUGUGUUUGGAACACAUAUGGACAGAGAAUUUGAACAAAAGGGAAUACGUUGAAAUGGCCACUCAUGGAUUCAUUCACGUCGAUUUAAUCGAUCAAACAUACAUGUGUUACAUGCUGUCCCGAACAAAAUACCUUCAACUGAUGCGUUUAGAAAAAUCCAAUACACCCGACACGCCCAUAUUUGGAGUUGCCACAAGUAUACCGGCAAAGGACGCAGUGUGUCUGGAAAAAUUGAAAAUGAUUGCAGUACUGGCACCAUGCGGAACACUUAUGAUGUACUCUGGACCGCAUUUAAUCGGAAAAGUUCACGUCGGCGGUGUUCUGUCGAGCCUGGCAAAUUUACCGUCCAGUACCACGAAUACAUUCGGCAGCGGAUAUCCCAGACGGAGCAGUCUACUUCCAUCCAGUCAGGAAGCUAAAUUUGAAGAUGGACUGCACAUGCUAUCACCGGUGUAUCCGCUGCAACCUCAGUUUCCUUCAAGGGGCGGAUUCUGUUCGGGUCUGAAAGAUGCAGCUGGUAAUCGUUUAACGUUGGUUUAUCCUGGCGGUAAAAUGUAUCGCAUAUCAGUUCCAUUCAUUAGCGAGUGUCCGUUCGUUACAAAAUGCUUGGUCGGUUUGAAGCAAGUGCUCAUGAAAGAUGUAGCUAUCCAGCUUAUGGCUAAAUGGUUCGUCAUGCGUAAUGCUCCCGGUUCAAAGAAUCUAAAUCCCCGUCAAGAGUGGUCCAUAUUCAAGAAUGUGUUGCUAGAAUUGAUGGGUCGACCGACACAACAACCGGAUAACCAACAUAGUAACACAUCGAAACAAUCGACAGCGGAGCCGAAAAAGCGUCGAAAAACGGAAAAUCUGGGAGGGAAUGACAAAGACUGGGAAUAUUUGGCGCAGAUGUUCAGUCAAAACAAAUUCGCUUCCAGCACAGACUCGAGCCAUCUGAACAACGAUCCAAAUGCUCUGUUGUUCCCAUACAUUCCGCUAAUUUUCUUCACGAUGCAUUUGAUCUACGAGGAAAUCAAACUGGACGAAUUAUUGAAAAGUCAUUUGCCGUCACUGGCUGAGUUCUUAUACCAUAUGUCGAUGGACUUACAACUGGAAACGUAUUGUUUGCACUACUUUCUGGAUACUCCCAGUCUAGUCUACAUGAACUCAAACAGUAUUAUCAACGAGGCGAGUGCUAAAAAACUGAAAUACACUCAGUAUCUGCAGUACGACGUGCCCAACAUCUUUCGGUUUGUGUACGACAUCAUCAACAAAAGGUCAACGCAUCGAUAUCCGUGGAUAAGUGUGGUGAACGAUACAUCGAAGAAAGUUGUGCAGUUGGUAAAUGCCAUCGUAAACGAAUGUGGCAUCGACGAGGAACGCAUCGAAACACUCGGCAAAGACUCCGAAAUGCAGAAUCAGCAAUCGAAUCCACCGGUGUCCAGAUCCAAAUGCAUUGUCAACUGUUUCAUUGAUCUGGGUAUGACGCGGCAACGAAUUGAAAAAUUGCCGACAUCGAUACACUUUCUGUUUGCCGAAGCGUUGGAAUUGCAUCGGUUGCAACCACCCAUCGAAAUCGGCGCAAAGGCGUAUGAAUUGUUGCUGCGCGCCGAUCUGCUCGAGCACACAUUGAGAAAAGUCGAAGUGAUUGGCAAAGACUUCAACACAUCAUUCCGAAACACGCAAAAGGAACACUCACUGUCACUGAAGACUGUUCCGUCGCCCAUUCCAAAGUCGGAUUCUUUAAUUGCCGACGAUGGCAUGGAACACAUUUUCACGAAAUUACUUCAACUCCGGUUCCCCGAAGAUCUUCGCAUUAACGAGAUUCGGCGACUGUUGAGCAGCUCAAAGCCUGUCUCCAUCGAUAUUGUACAGGCGUUGGGCGUGUCCGAUCACGAUUUCAUCGAGGAACAGGAAAAACAACUAUUUGCCAUGUGCACACGUACGAUGGCACUGCCAAUGGGACGUGGCAUGUUCACGUUGCGAACGUGCACGCCGACCGCAACCGAAAUUUUAACGAUUCCGAAAUUGUGUUUAUCCGGCAAGGAAUCGGUCAAGGGAGCUACGAUUGAAUUGCAACAAAUUGAAGUGCCACCGAACAUGAACAUGUGGCCAAUGUUUCACAAUGGCGUUGCGGCUGGCCUACAAAUCACACCAAUGGCCAAGGAUAUCGAUUCCACGUGGAUAGUGUACAAUAAACCGAAAACCGCCACUGAUGGCAGUGCAGAACAUGCGGGAUUUUUGUUGGCGCUGGGUUUGAAUGGCCAUUUGAAAACGUUGUCGUUUAUGAGCAUCUAUGAUUAUUCGGUUAAAUGCGACGAAAUGACCAGCGUUGGACUGUUUUUGGGUGUUGCAGCCGCAUACCGAGGAACAAUGGACAUCAAAAUCACAAAACUGUUGAGUGUACACAUUGAGGCCUUACUGCCGCCGACGUCUCUAGAAUUGGAUAUUCAACAGAACAUUCAAGUGGCCUCAAUUAUGGGAAUUGGAAUGCUUUAUCAAGAGACUGCUAAGCGACACAUCGCCGAGAUCCUAUUACAAGAAAUUGGACGUCCACCAGGACCCGAAAUGGAAAAUUGUGUUGAACGAGAGUCGUAUGCCUUAGCUGCUGGAUUAGCCUUAGGUUUAGUCACACUGGGUAAGGGAGAAUCGCCUGCAGGUCUACGUGAUCUUCAUCUCCCUGAUACUCUACAUUAUUACAUGAUUGGUGGGAACAAACGUCCACUUACUGGAGCCCAAAAGGAGAAGUAUAAAUUGCCCUCGUUUCAAGUGCGCGAAGGAGACACUGUAAAUAUAGAUGUAACUGCACCAGGUGCAACGAUAGCCUUAGGUUUAAUGUUUUUCAAAACUGGCAACGAAGCGGUUGCUCACUGGAUGAAACCACCCGACACAAAUUAUCUGCUGAAUCUCGUUCGACCCGAUCUGCUGCUGUUGCGAAUCAUUGCCAAAGGUCUGAUAUUGUGGGACACCAUCGAACCGACAAAAAAAUGGAUAAUUGAUCAAGUGCCGGGUGGUCUGUUUUUCGAUCUAACAAAGGGUCCCAAGGACAUGGCAACAUCGGAUGUUGACCACGAAGCCAAUUGUCAAGCGUGCUGUAAUAUAACAGCAGGAGCAGCCUUUUGCAUUGGUCUUCGUUAUGCUGGCACUGAAGACCCGAUUGCAUUCAAGACAUUGAACAAAAUACUCAAAUUGUUCCUCGGAAUGGAAUCUCAGUUUAUGGGAGAGUUUGCUGGAAAAGCAACCGUUGAAUCUUGUCUGAUGCUGAUCGUACUGUCGAUGUCAUUGGUAUUUGCCGGCACUGGCAAUCUGGCAAUACUACGAGUGUGCCGAAUGCUCCGGUCACGACUCGGACAAUCCAAUACGCAUGUCACAUACGGCUCGCAAAUGGCAAUUCAUAUGGCAAUCGGUUUCCUAUUUCUGGGUGCUGGUCGCUUUACAUUAUCACGUUCACCGCAAGCGAUAGCCGCUUUGGUGUGUGCUCUGUUCCCCAAAUUUCCCACUCACAGCAACGAUAAUCGCUAUCAUUUGCAAGCAUUUCGACAUCUGUACACAUUGGCCGUUGAACCUCGAUUGCUUUUGCCGCGAAACAUCGACACAGGGAAAUUAUGCUUGAGCAACGUCUCAUACAUCGCUUUAAACUCAGACGAGUUGAUUUCGCUACCCAUUGCCCCGUGUAUUCUCCCCGAACUGGUGAAUCUAAAGGCGGUCAUACUGAACGAUUCAAACUAUUGGCCCGUUUGCUUUGAGAAGGGAAAAAACUGGGACCAAUUAGAGUAUGCCCUAGCCAACUGUUUUUGCAUUGACAUCAAACAGAAGGCGGGAUGUUUGUCCCAUUUGGAAGACCCGAAUCGACUGAAAAGUCUGUUGGCUCAAACGUUAACCAGUGAACAGUACAGUUGUUGGAAAAUCAAACCGGAGACGCUGUUGAAAUUUUCCAAUGACGCCAAAGUGCAGCAUUUUACGAAUAAAUUUCUGCAAAUUUCGAACAAGCCAGCGGAUAUGUCGCCGGAAGAAUGGCAACGCAUCCAAAUUUUUACGCUGCAAUUUUACAAUUGCCUCACCAAGGACCGAAUGCACGGACUGCCCAUAUCAAUGGAUCUGUUACGGUGUCUGGAACUGAUCGAAAGACAUGCGGCCUCAAACUACGAUCUGUGGCAACUGAAGAUGGUGUCCUGCAUUCUACGGCAGUGCAACAAAAACAUUUUACUGUCGCCGGAAAUUCUGAAAUCAUUUUCCAGUCGACUGUUCACGGCAAUGGAACGGUUACUGGUGCAACACGCGGCCUGUAUGAAACGUUACCUGUUCUCGUCGAAUACGACAUUUUUGCAGGAGUCGACCGGUGAAAUAGCCGCUAAAAUCGCCACACUAAUCACGUUCUACGAUUUGCCGAUAAACAUUUUGAAUUUGGUCGAUUUAGGGGGUCAGUUGAACUAUUUUCGGAUGUUGGUUGAAUUCAAAAAGCUUGGCCUGGACACGCACACCAUUCAAUGUGUAUUCAAAGUGUUGAAAUUGGAAUAAAAUGAAAUUGAAAUGAAA